GCAGGCGGGCUGACCUCGUCUGCUCCCUGUGUACCCAGAAUGAGCGUGCAGCCGCGUAGGAUCCGUCUGAAACCCUGGUUGUUGGCUCAGGUGAACAGUGGCAGGUAUCCUGGUCUGCAAUGGCUCACCUCAGACCGCCGACUCUUCCAGAUCCCCUGGAAACACGCUACACGCCACACGCCAACGUCAGACGAGGAAAACACCAUCUUUAAGGCAUGGGCGGUGGAAACCGGUAAAUAUCAGGAAGGCGUGGAUGAACCCGACCCCGCCAAGUGGAAGGCGAACCUGCGCUGCGCGCUGAACAAAAGCCGAGAGUUCCAGCUGAAAUACGAUGGCACCAAAGAGACGCCGGUCCAACCGUACAAGAUCUACGAGGUGUACGAGCAGAGCGGAUGCGCAGACGCCACUGAGGAUGACGACGAGGAGAUGCCAAACCUGCUGGAGCUCAGCAUUAACCCCAGGACCAGUGACCCUGCCUCCUUCAGCUCCUUUGCCGCUCAGUCAGAGGUCAACCACUUCGGUCUGUCCGCCAACGGGACAUUUGGACUUCCACAUGUGAUCCCUGUACCUCUGCUGCCUGAUGGAGCCAUGACCUCUGACCUCCCCAUGACCUCUGACCUCCCCAUGACCUCUGAACUCCCCAUGGCCUCUGAUCUCCAGGCUCAGGGUGGGAUUGUGAGACUCCAGGACCUGAACCCUAUGCCCCCCCUGGUGGCCUCUGCUCCCCCAGGCUCAGCCCCCAGCAGCAUGGGGGACCCUCAGAACCAGGAGCCCUGCAAGAUCGACCUGCUGAGCAGCGUUCCACUAACAGAUCUGGACCUGAAAUUUCAGUACCGGGGCCGGACGAUGGGCUCACUGACAGUCAGUAACCCUCAAGGUUGCCGGCUGUACUUCGGGCACCUGGAGCCGACCCCAGGGCAGGUGGACCUGUUCGGACCCGUCAGCUUGCAGCAGGUGCGGUUCCCGGGGACGUCGGACAUCCAGAACCAGAAGCAGAGGUUCUACACGGAUGCCCUACUGGAUGUGAUGGACCGUGGCCUGAUACUGGAGAUCUGGGAGCAGGAUAUCUACGCCGUCCGCCUCUGUCAGUGUAAGGUGUUCUGGUCCGGACCGGGCAUGCCUGAACAGGGUCCGCCUAACCCCAUGGAGCGGGAGAAGAAGAUCCGAGUGUUCAGCCUCAACGACUUCCUGCAAGGUCUCAUCCUUUUCCAGAAAGGUGAGGCUCAGAACCCUCCGCCCUUUGAAGUCUUCUUCUGUUUCGGGGAGGACUGGCCCGACAGGAAACCCAAAGAGAAGAAACUCAUCAUGGUCCAGGUGGUUCCUGUGGUAGCUCGGAUCCUGACAGAGAUGUUCUCUGGAGAACUCAGUUGGUCCACCGACAGCAUCCGGCGGCUGCAGAUCUCGAACCCUGACGUGAAGGACCAGACCGUGGAGCAGUUCAAGGAGCUGCAGAGGCUCCUGCAGAGCCAACACACCCAGGGUCCCUGGAUUCCCAGCGGCCCUUGAACACCAGGGGACGGGGACAUACCAGGACUUGAUUAUUUCAGAACACGUUAAAGAUUUAAACUUAAGGUAGAGACACGCCAGCUGAUCUGAGCUCAGUCUGACAGGACUUCAAACUGGAGCUGAAGGCCAGUAUCACUCUGUCUCCUGUCCUCAUCAACAGGACACACGUCUUUCUGUCUCCUGUCCUCAUCGACAGACACACGUCUUUCUGUCUCCUGUCCUCAUCAACAGGACACACGUCUUUCUGUCUCAUGUCCUUAUCAGUCUGAGACCACGGUGUGUC